AUGGUUGUAGACAGACGUGUACAUAAACAACUUGCCAGCGAAUCACAGAGUUGUUACGGCAUAAAGUGCAUCAGCAGAAUGGAAAAAUCGUUCCCGCCGUCCACUAACCAGAGCAGCAAAGAGGAGGCGGGGGAAGACGGGAGGAAACCGCAUGGUUCACUGGUUGGUUCGUCUGGUGCAACAGCGACCGAUACAGUGGCACCCUGCUGGCAAAGACACGAAGUGCCCUGA